GUAAUUGGUUGGGGGACACAAUCUAAGGAUUCGCUAGACUCCAGCCCGGGGAUUUUCCUUCUAGGGUCUUCUCUGUCACCUGGGAGUGAACUUGAUCUUUGGGGCUCUGAGAGUCCAAUCUGGGUUGGGUGGGGGUGACUUUGGCUGACCAAACAGAGAUAGGCAGACCCAAACAGGCUGUGGACAAAAACAUCCCUGAACCACAGACAUGAUCCUGAAACAUGAACUAGAACAUGGUUUGAGCUGGUGAAACACGACCUAGAGGGUCAAGGGGACACAGGACUAACAAGGAAGGACACAGGCUGCUGUCAGGACAUGCACCCAAGGCAAGAACCCUGCUGACGUGGCAGCCCUCCACCCUGGCCCCUUACUGCCCCCCGCCCCUCUCCCCCGCCUGCCAGCUGCCAACAGGGCUCUGCCCUGUGUCUGCCACACCUGUCACUGCCUGUCCUUGUCCGGGGGGCCCCAUCAGCCCCUCCUCAGCUGCCCUGCAGAGCAAGCGGUUAGUGGGGAGGGGAGGGAACAUGGAGCGGGGGCCAGUGGUGGGGGCAGGGCCGGGGGCCAGGGCCCGGAUCCGGGCACUGCUGGGCUGCCUGGUCAGGGUGCUGCUCUGGGUGGCCUCUGCCCUGCUGUACUUUGGAAGUGAACAGGCUGCCCGCCUCUUGGGCAGCCCCUGCUUACGGCGCCUCUACCAUGCCUGGUUGGCAGCAGUGGUCAUCUUCGGGCCCCUUCUGCAGUUCCACGUCAACCCUCGGACCAUCUUCGCCAGCCACGGCAACUUCUUCAACAUAAAGUUUGUGAAUUCGGCGUGGGGCUGGACGUGCACCUUCCUGGGGGGCUUCGUGUUGCUGGUGGUAUUCCUGGCUACACGGCGCGUGGCGGUGACUGCCCGGCACCUGAGCCGGUUGGUGGUGGGGGCAGCGGUGUGGCGGGGGGCUGGUCGGGCCUUCCUGCUCAUCGAGGACCUGACCGGCUCCUGCUUCGAGCCUCUGCCCCAGGGCCUGCUGCUCCAUGAGCUGCCGGACCGUCGCAGCUGCCUGGCAGCCGGCCACCAGUGGAGGGGCUACACCGUCUCCUCCCACACUUUCCUGCUUACCUUCUGCUGCCUGCUCAUGGCUGAGGAAGCUGCAGUGUUUGCCAAGUACCUAGCCCAUGGGCUGCCCGCUGGUGCACCCCUGCGCCUUGUCUUCCUGCUCAAUGUGCUGCUGCUGGGCCUCUGGAACUUCUUGCUACUCUGCACUGUCAUCUAUUUCCACCAGUAUACUCACAAGGUGGUUGGCGCCGCCGUGGGCACCUUUGCCUGGUACCUCACCUACGGCAGCUGGUAUCAUCAGCCCUGGUCUCCAGGGAGCCCAGGCCAUGGGCUCUUCCCUAGCCCCCACUCCAGCCACAAGCAUAACUGAAAGAAAUAAAGGCACAUCAGGCCUGG